AACUCGCAUGUACGUAGUAGAGCGCCAGUCUAUCCGCGUCUCUUUGGCGGGAAAAUAGAACAGAGAAAACCCUCAAGAGAGAGAGAGCGAGAGAGAGAAGUGUAGAUUCUAGAUUGAGAGAAGAGAGAGAGAUGGCAGACGAAGGUAAAGACGAGGCGGGAAUGGAUCAGGUAGAGGAGGAUUUCUCAAUAUGGAAGAAGAACACACCAUUCCUCUACGAUCUUAUGAUCUCCAACCCUCUCGAAUGGCCCUCUCUCACCGUCCACUGGGUCCCAUCCCCUCCGUCUCCUUACGCCGCGGAUCCUUACUUCGGCGUCCACAAGCUCAUCCUCGGAACCCACACUUCCGGCGACGCUCAAGAUUUCCUCAUGGUCGCCGACGCCGUCAUCCCAACUCCCGACGCCGAGCCUGGGCUAGGCGGCACAAAUCAAGAUCCCAUCGUCCCUAAGGUGGAGAUUAGGCAGAGAAUACGUGUCGAUGGAGAAGUGAACAGAGCGCGGUGCAUGCCUCAGAAGCCAACUCUCGUCGGCGCGAAGACAAGUGGGUGUGAGGUGUUUCUGUUUGAUUACGCCAAACAUGCUUCGAAGCCUUCUCAGACGAGUGAUUGCGAUCCUGACCUGAGGCUGCUUGGACACGACAUGGAAGGGUAUGGAUUGUCUUGGAGUCCCUUCAAAGAAGGUUAUCUUCUGAGUGGUUCGCAGGACAAGAAGAUAUGCCUUUGGGAUGUUUCAGCUACACCGCAAGAUAAGGUUCUGAAUGCAAUGUUUGUGUAUGAGGGACAUGAAUGCGCUGUGGAAGAUGUAGCGUGGCACAUGAAGAACGAGAACCUUUUUGGUUCUGCUGGUGAUGAUGGUCGAUUGGUGAUAUGGGACACACGGACAAACCAAAUGCAACACCAAGUCAAAGUUCACGAGAAAGAGGUGAACUAUUUGUCUUUCAAUCCGUUCAACGAAUGGGUUUUAGCAACAGCUUCGUCAGACUCAACUGUUGCCUUGUUUGACCUCCGGAAGCUGAAUGUCCCAUUGCACGUCUUGAGCAGCCACGAGGGAGAGGUUUUCCAAGUGGAGUGGGAUCCUAACCAUGAAACAGUGCUUGCAUCUUCCGGUGAAGACAGAAGGCUGAUGGUCUGGGACCUGAACAGGGUUGGGGAAGAGCAGCUUGAGAUAGAGUUGGAUGCAGAAGAUGGUCCACCAGAGUUGCUCUUUUCUCACGGUGGCCACAAGGCUAAGAUAUCAGAUUUUGCUUGGAACAAAAACGAGCCUUGGGUCAUUGCAAGUGUAGCAGAAGACAACAGUCUACAGGUCUGGCAAAUGGCGGAAAGCAUCUAUCGAGAUGAAGAUGAAGAUGAGAUCGAUGAGGACAUUAAACAGUCAUGAAAAAUUAAGAAAAAAUUUGGUCUUUGUCUGUAUUAUGACCAGCAUGACUUCUCUGUUUGGUGAUGUUACCAUGUUUGGAUUUUGUUGAUUUCUUAUGAAUUCUCCAUAUGGCAAAAUUG